UCAGGGCGUGGUACAUGGGUUGCGCUCGGCCUCGAGACCGCAAACCGGAUUGCGCAACUGGCGAAAAACCCAAUCCAACCCAACCAAAUUCAGCUCAGGCCAUCUUUCACACGCCAUGCGAGGUUCGGCGAGCCCGGUAACCACAGCGGGUUGCGCAACUUCAAUGGGUUGCGCAACCCAUGUACCGCGCGCUCAGCUGCCCUCUCUGCGUUAUAGCUGCUCCACCGUUGCGUCUGCACGUGACAGCAUCACUCGUUUUCCUCGUCGAAUAUUUCUAUUUCAGUUCGAUUCUUUCUCCAGCUCCUCGUCAACGCAACGGUUUUUGCAUCCUGGCUUCUGCUGCGCUUGCUUAAUCGCUUCGUUUGGCUUCGCGCUAAGUUCACGGACUAGCUGCGACGCUUUCUCCUCGUUCUCAACACCUAAGCCUAGUUACUUAGAGCCAAGCAGCCAUGGGGAAUCAAGAGAAGCUCAUGGACCAGAUUUUCCAGCUCAAGUUCACGUCGAAGACGCUGGUCCGGCAGGCGAAGAAGUGCGAGAAGGAGGAGAAGGAGCAGAAGCUCAAAGUCAAGCGAGCCAUCGAAAAAGGCAACAUGGAAGGCGGCAAGAUCUACGCCCAGAACGCCAUCCGGAAACGAUCCGAGCAGCUGAAUUACCUCCGCUUAUCGAACCGUCUAGACGCGGUUAUCGCUCGGCUCGACACGCAGGCUCGGAUGAACACGAUCACGCACUCCAUGGGGAGCAUUGUGAAGGUUCUGGACUCGGCGCUCGCGAGCAGCAACCUGCAGAAGAUCUCGGAGACGAUGGACGUGUUCGAGCGGCAGUUCGUGAACAUGGAGGUCCAGUCGCAGUUCGUGGAGAACGCGAUGCACAGCAGCACGGCGCUGUCCACGCCGGAGGAGGACGUCAACAUGCUCAUGCAACAGGUGGCAGACGAGCAUGGGCUGGAGGUGCGUAUUGGGCUGCCAGACGCAGCAACAAGCGCCUUGCCAUCUAAAGAAGCAGCGACCAAUGCUGAGGACGACUUGACAAGGCGACUGGCCGAACUCAAGAACAGGUCAUAGAAAUGCAUUUCCUAGCAGAGGACGGGACCAGAUGUGGACGAGGGUGGUGUUUGGCAGGAAUGCUCGAACAACGCCUGCUGCAAGUUGGGUUGGGUCUGCUGCAAUCUUUUUGCUCUGGUCUGGUAACCAUUCGCUUUUCUUAUGAUAUGAGACGAGUCCCUUGUUGCCAGCCUCGACACUGGCGAAGGCACUUCUCUCUUUUCCUCCUGUCAACUUGUACAUUUGUGACUAGGUCUAGUACCGUAUUCCCCCGGAUAAGCGCCCCUAGUGGCGUUUAAGGGACUGGUUUGAAAUCGUUGGGGGGCGUUUAUUCAAAUAAUAAAUAUACGCCGGCGUCUAAAAGGGAAUAUAUGCACCAUAUUUUUCAUCAGAAUUUAGCGUUUGGUCUGUUCCAUGCAACGGGAAUUGUUUUUACGGAGAUCUCCAGGUCAA